AUGUGCCUGGCUCGUGUGCCAUUCUCUUCAUACCCAACCCUUUGCCUCGUCUCCCACUCAUGGCGGGAUGCGAUACAGAGCCCAGACCUCUUCAAGAUGCGGAUCGAAGUAAACUCCACUGAGGAUUUCCUAUGUGUUUUCGCCGCGCAACGUGAAAACCUUUGGCAGCUCUAUGACCCCUCGAGAGAUAUCUGGAUGAGCCUGCCCCCACUCCCAACAACUAUCCAUAGAAUUAGAUGGUUCUGUACCUCAAGUGAACAUCCUUUGGACCCACUAACUGGGGGAAGUGAACAUCCUUUGGACCCACUAACUGGGGAAAUCGGACCCCCUGUAGUGACGAACGAGGUGUGGUGUUACAACCCAGCAUGGCGCCAGUGGGCCCAGCACUCACCUAUGCGAUCUCCACGUCACUCGUUCGCUUGUUGUGCUUGGGAGGGCCGGAUACUCAUCGCAGGGGGCUUCACUACAGGAGAGGUGGAGAUCAAUGCAGCAGAGGUUUACGACCCCGUGCUUGAUGUGUGGUAG